AUGUACUCCAAACUGGUGCAACGAUGCUUCGACCAUUGCGUCAACGACUUCACUACCAAAUCUCUCAUCUCCCGGGAAGAGUCCUGCGUCAUGAAAUGCGUCGACAAAUACAUGAGAAGCAACGAGCGGAUAGGCGAACGAUUCCAAGAGCAAAACGCGGCAAUGAUGCAGGCUGGCAACAUUGGAGGUAGAUAA